CGCAAACUCAGCGAAUUUUAAUAAUUAAAUUCGUAUAAAAAUGGAUCGAGUUUUGGUGAAAAAAGUUUUCUGCUGGAACUUGGAAGAUGAAAUAAAAUUCUUGGAUGGGUGCAGAUUGGUCUGGCAAUUUUUUACAUUUUUAGCUUCAUUAAUGUGAUUUUUACGGGCAGAAAGGUUGAAAAUAUUGGAAGAUUUUACACUAUUGGGAAAGUUUUAAGGUUUUUCUGUAUUAGAAAGUUAUUAAUUUAUUGCCUUUUUAGUCAUUUGCAUCAUUUACAUCCUUUAUUUGAUCUACUUUAUAUAUGUUUGUUACCAAUCCAUAAUUGCUAUCAAAAUGGUGAGUUUAAAGAUGGUUUCUGUACCGGUGUACAUUGAAAAAAAAUCAAGAAGUUGAGUCGACUCGGUUUCGAGUCGACCCUAUUGACCUUGAGCUCUGGAUUUGCGUCGACAACCACUACGACUUAUAAUCUAAUUUGCCCAAAAGAGGACAUUUAAAGAGUCUAAUUCAACCUUCAUUGCUCCAUCAAAGCACAACCUUGUCAUUUUAAAAUUCUGCUAUCAAAAUGAUUGUAAAGAGCAUCUACAGCUGAUAAUUAUGCUCUUAGAAUUUUCUCUUAAAUCAUUUUCUCUCUCCGAGAACAUAAAAAAGACUUGUUGAUCUUCAUAAUUCAAAUCUGUGGCUAUUAGUCUACAAUAAUCAUUCAUUCUAUGAAGCUGUUCAUCAUGUUGCGUGCCUUAUUAAUAAUUUUAUUAUCACAAAGUUGUUUGUCACAUGAAAUAAGUGUCGAAUGUGAAAGUGACACAGUCGGAAUCAUUUGUAUAUUUCCAGAUAAUGUGGUGUCAAAUUCAAGGCUGGAAAUUACGUUUGUUAUCACAUCCAAUGGACUGUCGAGUGGUGAAAUCGAAAGUGAAGCGAUUGUCGAGUUUGUUGUUAAAAAUUUGACUGAAUUUGUGCCGGAAAAAAUUGGCAAACAUUUUAAAAAAAUUGAAAAUUUAGUGAUUCAUUCGUCAGCCUUAAAAUUCAUCAAUCGGUCAGAUUUUGCAGACAAUUUAACACAACUGGAAGUGCUGAGUUUAUUUAAUAAUAAAAUUGAGACAAUUCCACAUGAUGCAUUCUAUGAUUUACCUCUGUUAAGGCAUUUGGACAUCGAGAAUAAUUUAAUUAAAUUUUUGGAACCAGAAUUGCUGUCUCAUUCAAUUCAUCUUCACGUCUUUGCCGCCGGCUCUAAUUUAAUUGAGGAAAUUCAUGAAAAUUUCUUCGCUCAUAACUCAAAAUUGUGGAAAGUGAUGCUCAACGACAACCAAAUUGUGGACUUUAGACACAAUUUUCAGAAGAGGAUUAAUAACUCUGAAAAUAUCCGAUAUUUUGAUCUCCAACAUAAUCCUGGAUUGGAGUGUCUUAAGCCUUUAAACCUUGACAUGAAUGAGCACGUGAGUAGUGUUAGAAUCAAAUUAUUUGGGUUUCAAUAUGAAAUUGAUGAUCGAUGCACUGGUGAAUAUGAUUAAUUAGUUAAAUGUAUGUAAUUCAGUGGUGCACAACCUUUUUUGGGACACGGUACACCUUUAUGGUAAGCCAUGACCAAAACUACACACCGCGUAUGGUUUGUGGAAGUUCUGGAGUUUUAUCGUGGCACAUUGGUUGACCAACACUGAACUAGUUUAUAAGAACUCAAAUAAAUUGUAUUUUACUAGAGUUAUUUAAGGCUAUGACCUCUAUAAAUCAGUGAAAAUAACCAAAGACAUACAAAAUUAAGGGAAUGUUCAUAAAUGACGUCUAACGUUUAAAGAAGGGGGAAAAGGGUUGGUUUGAAGCUUUAGUGAAUGAUAAAAGCUUCACGAUUUGGCCGGGACUGGUAGAUGGGAGAAAGAAGUAUCUUUUGGACAGCCCCAUAAAUAACUUAGACUUACAUUAUCACUAAGUUGUUACAAUAAAAUACUCAGAAUCGAAUUUAUAAAAAAUAAAAUUAAAUAAUUUUAAGGUUGUGAUGAGAUUAAAAACUUUAAAAUUAUAAUUAUGCUGCUUGUGAUACUUAAAGAAAUUUAACGCUUAGCAUUUAAAUAUAAGUAAAGUUGUAA